GCAUGAUGGGCUUGAGACUUCUGCCAUUGCUUGAUAAUGGAUUCACAUCCACCUUUAUAUUUGCUGAGCAAAAGAUGUAAUUUUUGGUGGAUGAUCAAAGAUCAAGCUCAGUGGUAAGGUGUUUGCCUUCAUCCCAAAUUUCCAUUUGACAGGGUUCUCCCUGUGUCAGUAGUCACAAAGUUUACUGUGUGAUGGUGACAAUGGUGGAAAUAACAUAUUGGGGGGAUGUUGUCUAUAUAUCUGAAUUGAAAAAGUUCCAUUUUGGGCCUAUAACUCUUACAAUCCCUCAGGCACACUUUGCUGUCUUUGGUUUGGAGAUUCUAGGAAAUGUAUUCAAUAAAAUAAUUUCUCAGAGUGGUGCUGGAAUGUCACUUUCUGAGAGGAGUAUUAACUUUUGUGUUACACAUGCACAUAUAUGUGCACAUACUAUACAUAAACAUAUACAUGUGUUUCAGGUAUACACAUAUGUGCACAUACACAGACAUACAUAAACAUAUACACAUGUUUCAGGAACAUAUGAUUAAGAGGAAUCAUCAGAGGGAGUCCUUCUUUGCUUGGACAUUAUCUGCACUUUUAACAGCUGAACUAGACAUCACUUCCCCUUGUGGUUCUUGAUUCCUAUUGUCCAAUUUCGAUCAACCUGGAUCUAUCAUGGUGUGAUGGGUGAUUUCUACUCAUCCCAGGAAUUAGAGGAAAAGAGAAGUGAUAUUCUGCCAAGUUCUCAUUGGGCGUGGGAAUUUUGGGGGGUAAGUUUGACUUCCAGGGAGAUGGAGAAAAGCACACACAUAUCUGUACCAAGAAAACAGAGGGGCUGGAAAAGAAGUCCAGAAGGGAAAGUUACUGAAUCAUUGCCUGUAGGUGGUUUACUCUGACCACCACAUUGAUUCCUGACUACCAUUCCAUGCUAACUUGCUCUUUGGGGCUUUUCCCUUGUGUCUACAGGUUGAUGACCAUGGUUGCCAGGACCUGCUCUCUACUAGCACUGCUGCUUUCUCACAUAUUGCUUAGUGGUUUGGCCAGCCUCAUCCCAGAGGUGGGGGACCGGCGAAGGUUUAGUGGCGACUUGGCUCAGGCUGCUCCCCUGCAGCUCUCUGAAGGGAUCCUGCGUGAAUUUGAGCUGCGUCUGCUCAGUAUGUUUGGGCUCCAGCGACGGCCAACCCCAAGCAAGAAUGCCAUUAUUCCUCCUUAUAUGUUGGAGCUCUACCACCUGCACACGGGUCAGAAGCCAACUACCAUGGACUAUAACCUGGAGAGAGCUACCAGCAGGGCUAAUACGGUCAGGAGCUUCCACCAUGAAGAAUCACUGGAAGAGGUUCCUGAAAGAAGUGGGAAAACAUCCCGGCGUUUCUUCUUUGAUUUAACGUCCAUUCCUAGUGGAGAGUUUAUCACUUCAGCCGAGCUUCAGGUUUUUCGGGAGCAGGUCCAAGAUGUCUUUGUGAGCAACGACAGCUCCCACCAUCGUAUUAAUAUUUAUGAAAUUAUAAAGCCAGAGGGAGAGGCUUCCAAGGACCCUGUCACAAGACUUUUGGACACCCGCUUUAUACAUCACAAUGCCAGCAAAUGGGAAACCUUUGAUGUAACACCAGCGAUAAGGAGGUGGGUUGCACAUGGACAACCCAACCAUGGUUUUGUGGUGGAAGUGGUGCACUUGGACAACAAGAGUAGUGUCUCCAAGAGACAUGUCAGGAUCAGCAGGUCAUUGCAUCAGGACGAUGGGAGCUGGUCUCAGAUCAGGCCGCUACUAGUAACUUUUGGGCAUGAUGGGAAGGGACACCCUCUCCAUAGGCGAGAGAAACGUCAGGCAAAAUAUAAAGAACGCAAACGCCAUAAAUCCCAUUGCAAAAGACAUCCUUUGUAUGUGGACUUCAACGAUGUAGGGUGGAAUGACUGGAUCGUGGCCCCACCAGGUUACAGUGCCUUCCAUUGCCGUGGAGAUUGCCCCUUUCCAUUGGCAGAUCAUCUCAACUCCACAAACCACGCCAUUGUUCAGACUCUGGUUAAUUCAGUGAAUUCCAAAAUCCCCAAAGCUUGCUGUGUGCCGACAGAACUGAGUCCUAUCUCCAUGCUCUACCUUGAUGAGAAUGAGAAAGUUGUACUCAAGAACUAUCAAGACAUGGUUGUGGAGGGCUGUGGUUGUCGCUGAUAGGGCAAUAAAGAAAAAUGGACAUUUACAAAAACAACAACAAAACUUGACACUUUAAUAUUUCCCAAUGAAGACCUUAUUUAUGUUAUGAAAUGGAGAAUUAAACGCAUCUAUUUUGAAAAUCUAUUUAUGUCUACAGAAAAAAAAGUGAGGAAAAAUAUUUUAAUCAGAGAAUUAUUCCUUUUAAAGAUUUUAAAGCAUAUUUUAGUUGUACAUUUUAUAUGGGUUUAACCCCCUUCCCCUCAGCACAUGAAGUAUAAAGGUCAGAUUCUUAUUUUGUAUUUAUUUACUAUUAUAACCACUUUUUAGAAGAAUAGCUAAUUUGUAUUUAUAUGUAUAAUCAAAAAAAGCAGAAGAAAAAAAUAGAGGGUUUGUACAUAAUUUAAAACAAAUGGUAGCUGUUUUCAAUUGUGUGUAUUUAAGUAAGUUGAAAUGUGUACAUGAAAGGGUUACUAUGGCAAAGGUGCACAACGCAUUUUGCUUUCUGCAGUUCUACUGUUAAGGUCACAAGUGCAAGCCCAAUGAAAAGUGGCUAAUCCACCCUGCUGACUCAAGAUUAUAUUGUACAAUUCUCAGGAAUGCUGCAGGGUGGGCUGCCCAGUCCAUGAGAAACUGGCACCCUUUCGAUGUGGAGCAUUUGGAUAAGAACCAGACGCUGCCAAGCAAAUAGAAAUAGAACUGCUGUUCCUCAUGGAGGUGUGAUGUGACCACCAACUGGGCUGAUAGAAAACUUCUUCUUCCCUCCUUCCCUCCCCCUCUUUCACACCUACAGAAAAGCAAAAUGUUUAUGCUGUUCCUCCAUUUUUACAUAGUUCCUCCAUUGGAAUCCAUUUGUCCUGGCCAAAUAUUAAAUAAAAGACCAGAUUUCUUCAGUUUU